AAUUGAUAAUAUGAGGGAAGUUUUAUCGCAUUAAGAUUUUCAGGCUAAGUCAAUAAAAAACCAAACAUGGAUGAUCGAAAGCUACCCGUGGUUCACACAUGCUGCCCUGGAGAAGAAGAACCAAAAAGCCAGCGACACAGUAGGAAAUGGCAAAGCCAUGAAGUGGGUUGACGUCGAAAACAGAGUCUCAUGCUAUCACGCAGACUCGCAUGAAGAAACGGAUGAUCACGAGUUCUUCACGCUGAAGCGGCAAUGGGGAAAACACAGCUUACCGGGUACUUUCUUAGUCCAACCGACAGCAGAGGAAGCAGGCGCGAAGGUACUGCAAGAAAAGGCCAGAAGAAUUUCUUGGGCGCCCCAAUCGCCGAAUAAUUCGGGCGACUCGGGAAUGAUAUUUGAUUAUGCGCAGCGAAACCAACAGUACCGCAGUAGCUAUGCGGAAUGUGGAUCGGACCGCGGUGACCACAAACGCUCAUCAAUUGUGCAACAAGGUCUAGUCAAUGCACCAGAAAGUAUGUUUAGUGCACUUGUCAAGCCACCUCCUUUGAAGGUAGUUGAACCAAGCAAGCCGAAGAUAAGAAGCCAUCGCAAAUUGAAGGCAAGAACCAGUGCAAUUAGACGAAUUUUCUCAUUGAAGAAAAGAAGAAGAAACGCCAAGUAUGAAUGCAAUACGAUGUCCAGUGAAGCUGUAAUAGCGUCUAGUACCAUGACUACAACAGCAACCAAUUCGGAGUCAGAGACAAUGAGGGGGGAACAAGUUGACCGAGGGGUAGUGGGAUCCGAGCACAGUAUGCAGGGAUACACAUUCUCACUUGAGAGUUUUCCCAAUUUGGCAGCGAAGGAUACCCGUAAAUCUUCAGGAACUGUGUCUGACUCUGAUGAACUGCAACUGUCGAGCCCGAGUUCCUCUGGAACAACGUCCAAGAAUAAAACCAAAGGGAAGUCCAAACCAAAGUCCAAAAAGUCUUCUUCAAAAAGUCUUUCGGAUGACGAAGAGGGGUCGACAGAGUAUACAUAUGCAACUGAAUCGGACACCGGAGAUACUGAAGCUAGUAUUAAAAAAGCGUCGGCUGCCUCAGAUAGAUUAUUAGCCGAACAGGAAGCGAAAGAUAAACCAUCUAACGACAAAUCAAGUCCUACCUAUGACGAACCUGGAAGUUAUGACUCGCGAAGUGCGUUUCAGCCCGAACCGGAGGAUAAAAGAGCUACGAAUCCAUACGUGAAUUCAUGGCUGUCGAAAAAGGAAAAAGAUAAAAAGCUGACAAAGCAGGAGAAAAAAGAACUGAAGCAGAAGGAAAAAGAAAGAAAGAAGCAAGAAAAACUAGCCAAAAAAGAAGCGAAGAGCUCGAAAAAGAACUCGAAAUAUCUGAAGGCGAACUCAUCUUCACAAGCGAGAUCCUCCUCAUUGGCAGAAUCAAGGGCAGCUAAGAAAAAUGAGAAAUCGAAAACGUCUCAGGGAAAGUAUACAUUGGGAAAGAAUUCAGGUACGCUAUGGAGCUCCUCCAAGGAUUCGAGUUCAAAGAAUAAAAGUGCCACUAACGAAGCUACAACUCGAAGUCAGAGUAAAGAAGAAAGUAGUACACCGGUGUCUGAAAGCGACGAUAAAGUAGUAUCUAAGGAAGGUCAAACUAGGACAACAAAAGAUCAAAGCAAAAGCGCCGCCACGGCUUCGAAAACUGAAAAGAAAGACACUACAGCAACCGGUGCUAAAACACCAGAGAAUAUAGAGGAAGGAUCGAAGUCGAAAGAAGGUUCAAAAGACGAGGAAGAAAGCGACUAUACUUAUGUGACCGAGUCCUAUACUGGUUCAGACGAUGACUCAAAGCAGAAAAGUAAAUCGGAGAACGAAGAUGCAAAAAGCAAAUCGGAAAACGAAGAUGCAAAAAGCAAGUCGGAAAACGAAGAUGCAAAAAGCAAGUCGGAAAACGAAGAUGCAAAAAGCAAGUCGGAAAACGAAGAUGCAAAAAGCAAGUCGGAAAACGAAGAUGCAAAAAGCAAGUCGGAAGACGACGAGAAGAAACAAUCGUCCAAAAAUGAAAAUGAUAGCGCCUCCAAAUCUGCAGACGUGGACGAGCAAGACAGUAAUAAACCUAGUGCUAGUGUAACUGCAAGCAAAACUGAGAAUGCAGGAGGCGCGAAAAAUGGCGACGAAGAUGACGAUACUUACACAUACACAGAAAUCAGCGGAGACGAACUUGUUACAGCAACUGCUUCGAAAGAUAAAAGCACGAAAGAUGGAAAAAGCGAGGAAGUUUCGAAAGCCAGCAAAGACAAAGAAAGUAAAGACCAAGAAAGUCAAGAUGUUUCCAAGAACAGCAAGAAUAAGGAAAAGAGCAAAUCUGAUGCUGGAUCGAACGAAGUAUCGAAAUCCAAAGGCGGCAGUGAAGAUGACGGCACGUACUAUUAUACCUAUGGAAGCUUCAAAGGGUCACAAGAUGAAGAUAACAGCAAAGAGACCGGGUCAAAAACUAAUGAAAGGUCAGGCCAGGAAUCAGAAUCUAAGUUAGCGGAGAGGUCUGGACAAGAAUCAAAGGAUGAUUCUAACUUAAAAUCAAAUGAAAGAACAACGAAAGAGUCAAGAGGUGAAAAGAAUACGGAGAAUACGCCGAAUAGAACUGAUGGUAAAAGAGCAAGAGUGACAAAGCGUCCGGGCUCAAAGAGUUCAUCAGAAAGAACUUCUGGAACAAAGUCUCAAUCACGCAGUGCAGACACAUCAAAGAGUGGUUCUAAAAGUGCGGGAAGGUCGGCAAGUAAGGAUGCUUCGAAGAACAAGAGCAAAGAUCAAAGUGGGAAUGAAGGCAAGAGUGGAGGUGGAAGCAAAAGCGAUGCGAAAAGUGGACAAAAAUCCAAAGGGGAUGAUGACGAUGAUGAAGAGGAGUAUUAUUAUGCUUCUGAGACGUAUUCGGAACAAGGAUCUGUGAGUAAAACCGCUGAUUCAAAAAGUAAAGACAAAAAGACUUCCGAAAGCAAAGGAUCAAAAGCUAAAGAUGGUUCCAAAAAUGGAUCCCUGAGCAAAUCUGGACGAAGUGCUGACGAGGAGCGAAAUGAUAAGAGUGCGGGCGGAAAAGAAAAAUCUGUCGAUAAAAGAGUUACUAAUGAGAAGUCGAAGACUGCGACGAAUUCUAAGGCAUUAGUUAAGGAUAGUAAUGACGAUGAAUCUGAGUAUACGUACGAGACAGAAAUAACGCAUAGCGGGGAUGAAACGUAUAAGAAACCGAGCAAAGGAACAGGUAGUUUUACCAAGAGCGGCAAUACUGCUAGUUCAGCCUCAAAGAAUAAAGUUUCCAACUCGAAUCAAUACCAAAAAUAUAGCCAACUGCAGUCUGAGUCUUAUGACGAUGAUCUAAUGAGAACAAUGUCAGGAGCAUCCGGAGCGACUUCCAAAGACACAGCUUCUAAAAGCAAUGAUGAUCGCAAGAGAUCGAAAUCAGAUCAGAAGCGAUCGGCUCAGAAAAGCCGAACAAGUAGAGAAAGUAAGGAAAGAGGGUCUCGCGAGAAAGGUUCGUUGGAAAAGUCGAAAACCUCGAGAAAAUCCAAAAGUUCUCGUGAAUCUGCUAAGUCAGGAGAUUCGAAAAGUUCCAGGGGAUCAAAAACUGGCCGAAGCGGUAGUAGGAAGAAACCAGGAUCUGAGAGGGAACUGAAAAAUCAGGGUGGCUCUAGGGAUUCGCAAGAUGUCGAAGGCAAGGGAACCAGAACGUAUAAUACUGAAACUAAGUCUGGGUUUGAUGACGGUGGGAACCCACCUCCAGUGACUCCUCCACCGCCUCCCGAUAACCUGCCAGAUGGCGAUACUUAUUACGAAACAAAUGGGAAGAAUUAUAAAUCGGGAGGAACUAACGAUGUUCCGGACUUCAGAUCCGAGUUCAUGGGAAGUGACGGAAAUACGGAUCUAGACAAACACGACACUAGUAAGUUCAAGAGAUCAAUGCAAUCAAACACUGCGCCUGGUAACAAUCAAGAUGGAAACGAAGGUGGUUCUAAAAAAAGAGGUCAAGAACCUAAUGCUGGUCGAAUUGCAGAGGAAGAAGAAAAUGCAAACUCCAAGGGACCAAAAGAUGGCAAAGAAAAGGGUCAGUUUUCAGAAGGGUCAAUAAAAGCUAUCGGUCAAAUUGCAAAUAAAUACGAGAAGAAACCAUUGCCAGAACAACAAGCUGAAACUGCAACAAGUUCAGUGACGAAAGAUAAAAGCUCGGAAACUAAAGGAAGAACGAAACCACCUUCUAGUUACCAGAAGUCUAAAAGUACUCCAAGUUGGGAUAAGGACAAAGGGGGAGAUUGGGAUGAAGGUAGGCCCAAAAAUGAAGAUCAAAAUGCGCAGCAGGGUCCAAAUGAAGUCAACAAUAAGGAGCAGCAAAAUCAAGAGGAACAACAGGUUGAAAAACAAGACGGAGAACAAAAACAUCCGAAUCAAGAAAAUAUGCAACCGGAAGAUCCGACUCAAGCAAAUGACAAACAGCAGGAUCUGAACCAAAACGGAGAGAAAGGGCCGAAUCAAGAGAAUAAACAGAAUGAAAUGGGGGAAGAGGGUGUCAAACGAUCAGGCCAAGGGGAUCCAAAUCAAGCCGGGCAGCAAGGUCCAAAUCAAGCUGGACAGCAGAACCCUGAUCGAGCUGGACUUCCGGAUCCAAAUCAGGCAGAGGUGCCAGACCCUAACCAGUUGGGAAAUGAUGCAAACAAAGAAGGCCAGCAGUCAAAAGACCAAAAUGCGCAACCUGAACGUCUACAGCAAAACGCAGGCGAACAGCAACGGUUAUCUGCCACUAGCUCUAAAGAUAUAGUCCAGUCAAACAACCCUACAAGCCAAAAACAGUCAAAGUCGCAAUUGAGAGGAAGUGCUGCUCCUUCAAAAUCAGAUUCUCCCGCAGGUCCCGACCCUGGAAAAAGAACCAGUACUGGAAUAGACGAGGACAAGCCAACCGAAGAUUUGGAGGAGGGUGGAGAAUCGAAUAGUGCUUCAAUGGACAAUCAGACAUCAGUCGGAAGAAGUGUGACUGGGUCGUCUUAUGACAAAGGAUCUAAGAGAACUCCUUCGUGGGAUAAAGAUAGCGAUGAUGAUGGUCAGAAGAGGGAGCAAGAACCAGCCAAAGGAGAAACUGAUCCGGAUUUGAAUGAUUGGAAAGCGUCAGAGUCAGACAAGAAGGAAGAAGAUAACCCGGAGGAAGAUGCAACGUAUCAAGAUAAUGUGAACCCUGAAGAUAUUUCGAAGUCAAUGGAAGGAGAAAGAACAGACGAAGAGGGCGAGCGGACUGAUGAUGAAAGAGAAAUGGAUGGUCAAGAGGGCGAUAGAAACGGGAGCGAUUUAAGAGGAAGUGGACAGAGGUCUCUGUCGAAGUCGACGUCGUUGGAUGAAGGAGACUCGACUGGCGGAGAGGAGGAAGAAGCCCGGCAAAGUCGGAAGAAAACGGCAGGAUCAAAAUCAAAGAAAAGUGCAAAUCAGUUACGACCAGAAGAUGCACAAUCGAAAGUUAGAUUCAGUGAUAGCGAAGAGUCGCAAGGCAGGGAUUCCAAGAUGUCAAAGAAGAAGUCGAAGACUGCUGGUAAGACGUCCCAAAAGACGUCAAAGAGCGGAGCAAAGUCGAUCACACCAGGUGAACGCUCUAGAAGUGGGACUCCGAAAAAGAGCGCACUUGCUAAGAAAGAGUCAAAAGCGAGUAAAUUAAAAUCGAAAGCAAGCAAAACUGGACCAAUGGCAGCCAAGAAAAGUAAACUGACAAACAAGAAAUCGAAGCUGACGGCGAUGAAAUCUCAGGUGACAUCACAAGGUAAGGCCAAAACACCGCCUCCAACGCCUCCGCCCAGGUGUCCGUUUGAUGACGAGGAAAGAAUUGAAGGACAUUCGGUUGCAACUUCGAACGCCGUACCGUUUCUUCCGGUGCAAAUGAUGUAUCGCGUGCAUGAAGAUGACAGCCAGUCUAGAAGCAAUUAUACAUUGGAAAGUCUUGGAAUCAACGAAACAAGAGCACCCACAGAUCAAGAUAGAUUCCAUCAUGUGAAGCAUCCGGUGUUUGGAUACCCAAAGAAGCCGUUGACGCCUCCGCCGCCGUCUCCAGUCAAGCAAAAGGGAGACGACUUAUGCGCAAAAUGUGGUAAUGAGAUUAAUGACCCUAAGAAUAAUAAACUGCAUCCAAUGAACCCGCGAAGUCCAGAGAAAGGAAAAAAGAAAGAUGGUAGCCCAAUACGCAAGCCCAGAAGUCCAGCUGGCCGAGGUCGGAAAGGAAAUAAAGGCGCGGGAAGAGGUCGUGGAAAGGGUAAAGGAGCAGCUGGUAAAACAAAAAUGAUGAGAUUGAAACCUGAAGAUGCUUCAAAUGGGAGUCCUCCGAAGUCUCCAGGUGGUGGAAAACGAUGUGGUAAAAAGUGUAAUGCGGCAAUGUUCGUAGGUUUAUCAACAGAACGGGUGAAGUGCUGCGACAAAGCGUUUGAUUGCUGUGCUACACCAUUUAAUACAAUGCCUAGUCAAACUCCUAGGUCAGGUCCAGUGAUAAUAAAUACCUCGGAUACUCAACCAACGCAAGGGUACAGUGGUCCCAGUUACUCGUUCAAUACUUCGUCUCAGGGAGUUACACAUUCGAAUGAGGUUUGCUUAACUCGAUGUGGUGAAUCGCAUCAUAUGCUGAGUCCCAAGAGUGGAAAAAGUGAUCCAAAUAUUAGAGUAGUGAAGUCUCAAACAACGAUAUAUUCGAAACCAGAAUAUCUUCCAGCAGUCUCACCUCGCGAUGAAGUGCAAAUGAUGACUGAUGAUAUGUAUGAGCUGCCAGCUCCCGAAAAACCACCUUCAACUGUUUCAGACUCCAGUUUGUAUAACAACCGCUACGUCACGAACUAUAUUGUGGAUCACGAGGCUCCCCCGCCGUCCCCAGCAUCUCAGUCUGGACAAGUGACACCAAUGUCAAUGACUCAAAAUUCUCCUAUGUCGAAUAAUCAAUAUUCGCCUGCACAGAAUAGCGGAGCCAAUCAAUUUUCGCCAGGACAAACUAGUGGACGUACCCCGAUGAGUUAUGGGCAGUACUCGCAGACACCGAAUGCAGGAGGAACUCCAAUGACAAAAUCAGGAGUCUCGCCUAUUGACAAUUACGAUUCCUAUCCUCAGCAGAAAAGAAGACCGCACUCGCCUGGCAUUCCAAGGACAUCAAACUAUUCAGUUGAAUCAAACCCGACAUGGGAAGUGGGACCCAUGCAACCUUCCAACAGAUUAACAGACCAGGAGCCUCAUUAUGGAUGCGCUUCAGACCAGUCAGACCACAUUGUAAGAUCUGUCAGAAGUUCAGUGAAUGAUCAGAAUAUCCCAAGAUAUCAGUGGCCAACUUACGUCUCAAAUCGUAGAAAGGAAAUUACAUUAUUGGGCGAGGAUCCUCCGCCUGAAGGUUGUGAGCAUGAGUCUCAUACUCCUAGGGAGUCGGUCCAAACCCCCUACAAGACACCGAGAACUCCGGAUCCAGCUAUGUUUCCAGACACGCCAGAUAACCCCGAGAUGAUGGGUCAGCAACAGUGGGAUUCGAUACUGCAUAAAGAAUCACAAACUUCGCCAUCUCUAAGACACGGGAGAAGUAGGAGCACUGCUUCUUUGCUCAGACGACGAUCUCCUCAACUUCGAGAGAAACUAUCUCCGAGUAUAUCAGUCGAGGAUUUAAGGACAGGAGAGAAGCAAAUACUUAUGCCUCAACGUAACCAUGAUCAUUCUCCGAAUCAUGUAUCGAAUCUGAAUGCCCGGGAUGGAAAUUUGUCUGCUGAUACUGGAGAUGAUAACUUCAUGACUGCCAGGAAAAGUUGGACAACUGAUGGUGGCAAGCCACCACCGGGUCAUCCUGCUGGUAGAGUUCCGACGCAAGGAGUCAACUCGGCGCAAAAGACAAAACAUUUAGGAAAGCAACCGGAAGCUCGUCCGUCAGUGCCCCGACUCGAUGAAAUAGCUUCUCCUCGGGCUAGUGGUGCCGACUCCUCUUUGAAGUGUGGUAUGCGGAAGAAGGUGUCCAUUGCGGCCAUGGAAGAUGGAGUGUGUCCCACUUGCAGACAGAGGAUGAAUGACUACACCUGUGACAGUUGUAGAAACAGGUUCCAGCAGACUCAACUUACCAAACUGUGUGAUACGUGCAGAUCAUCCGCUCGCGACAACAAAAAUAACAACCAGUCGGCCUCCUUCGACUCAAUGGGAGAUUCAUAUUCCUCCUUCUGUUCCAUGUGUGAUUUUGCAGAGUCCUGUUCAAUCUGCAGGGAGAAUAGAGACAGACUGCUGGCUAAUUUGCCACGUGACUACUAUCCACAGAAGGAUAACUGCAGUCCCAGAUCCAAGUCCAAUUCGAUCUCCCAAGUGAAAAGAGUGCUGAGCUAUGGAGGGGAUGCAGUGGACUAUGACUCCUCUCAGGACAUGUCUCCUAUAUCCCUCGAUGGACCCAACUUAAUGUCCAGGUUCAUGGAUAAAGUGGAGCAAGUUUUGUGGGGUGGGGAUCCCGCGGUCACUUAUUUGGCUCCCAAAUUAGAAGCACACCGGGGAAAAUUGAAACGUUACGAGAAGCCAGAAGCCGAAGCACAAAUGGAGGACAAAAGACACGCUUCUAAACCACAAGAACGAGGUGGUGAUAAUAAAGAAAGUAUCCAAGAUGAUAACGAUGAUGAAGAUGUUAAAAAUCGUAAUAUGUUAAGACCGAGUGCAAACUAUCGUAGGUCAACCACCAAAACUGAAGAUGACACAAGACCAGCGAAAAGGUCAACAGAAUCACCGAGAAAAUCGGGUUCUCAAUCUGUGCAAAGAAGGUCAACACAACAAUCUCCUCCAAGACCUUCAGCUGCUCGAUCCAAGCAACAAAGAAGAUCAACUCAGCAAUUUCAGCAGAAACGACAGUCAUCUGUAUCAAGACCGAGACAGUCUGCACAGUCGCCUCGUAGCGUCUCACGGGGCUCCGAUAUUUCCGAGAAUAGAAGUCUUUCCGGGAAUAAAAGUAGUAUUAUGAGGUCAAGUAGGUCCGGAAGCAAAGCAGUAUCUGGAAGUAAAGCCCUUUCUGGAAGUAGAGCAAUGUCUGGCAGUCAAGCAAGAUCAGCGAGUGCUCUGUCGGCGGGUAGUAAGAAUAGAAGUGUCAGCAGAAACAGAAGCCCACGAAAGUCCACAGCAACAGCGGACAAAGGAAGAACUAGUCAAAAUUCAAAAACAAGAAGCACAGUGAAUACAACGCUUCGUAACAAAAAUUGAAAUAUUUUUAGUAACGAAAGUACUAGUUUUAUACCAAAAAAAUGUGUAUCUUCAUGA